AUGGCAAAAGGAGAUGAUGCAGUGGCGAAGAAGAAGAACAAAGUAAGAAGAAAGAAGAUGCGAAGAGAGGGUGCGAGUGUGUCAGCUCGUGUUGCUUCCAUUAUAGCUGCCAAAAAGCGACGCCUAUCUGGCAAACGACGGAUGUGCCAGGGAAUGUGUUUUAGCCUUCCUUCUCUAGAUGAUCCAUUCAAUGACAGGGGUGAAAAUGUGAAGGCUAUGAAUUUGGACACAGAGAUUAAAAAGCCACUUAUUUCUAAUAACAAUAUAGGGGGCGACCAUGAAAAAGUAGAAGUGCAGAUGAAUGGAAAGGUUGGACAUGGACAUCGAAGAAAGACCCAGGAGAAUGUGGAUUGUCCAUCGAAAUUUCUAAUGCAUAGCUUGAAUGAAAUAGAGAAAGCAUUGCGACAUGAGGGAACCUAUACCAAUGACGAGGACAAGCCAUUGUUUUUUAGCCCUUGGGGAGUUGAGUUUUUGAAAUGUUAUUCAACUGGAAAAGAUAUAUUGGAGACAAGUGGAUCUUCUUGCACUAUUGAGCAAAUUGCAUGGGUGGUUUCCAUUGCUGCUGAUAUUAUUGUAAGAAAGGAGAAAGAAGGUUUAUCACUACCUAGUCCAUUUUUUCUAUUCCUUGUACCGUCCCAAGAAGAAGCUGUGAAGGUACGUUUGGUGUGCAAACCUCUGAAAGCUCUUGGCAUACAUACAGUGAGUUUACAUCCUGGUUCCUCCAUAGAUCACCAAAUACAUGGUUUGGCGAGUUGUGAACCUGAAUUUCUUGUGUCCACACCGGAGAGACUUCUGGAGCUUGUUUCCAUGAAGGCUAUUGAUAUAUCAGGGGUCUCCUUUUUGGUUGUUGAUGGAGUGGAAUCUUUUUUUAAAGGCGGAUGCCUUGAUGCCCUUAAAUCCAUCAGGCAAUCUAUUUCUGGAAGUCCUCGUACUGUGAUUUUCAACAAUUUCUUUAGUAGUGCCUGUGUUCCUGCUCUACAAAAUCUUCUCCUGGGAUCAAUUUGUAGAUUAUCUACUGAUCAGUCUAUUCCCAGUCAAAGUGCAUGCAUAUUUCAAACAAUAAAUUUGUGCACUUCUGAUGAAGAAAGGCUUCUAAAGAGCGUCCAAGUUUUGAAUCAUGCUUGUGACAGCCAACUCUGCUCCCAACCUUUAAAGGUGUUAUAUGUAGCUGGAAAUGAUAACAACUCUUUCAAUUUAGUCAAGAUGCUCAAAAUCAGUGGUUAUAAUGUUUCUACAGGCUCAAAUCGCAAUAUUUCAGAUGAUGAUAACAGCCAGGAUACGAAAAUCAGAAGGAAACCUAUGGUCUCUGUGAUCGAUGUGGAACACAUCUCUACUACCAAUUUAGCUUUCUAUGAAACUGUAAUCUUACCCAACUUCAUUCCAUCAAUUGAUAAUUAUGUUCAAAUCCUCACAAGGAUGGCUAGGCACAGUAUCAAUGGCAACCUGCAUAGCUUUUUCACCAAAGAAGAUGCUGUGAUAGCUGGACCACUCGUGGGAAUUCUUGAGCAAUGUGGGCAGGCAGUUCCUGAGGCCUUAAGAAGCUUGCAUCUCCCAUAA